UUGAAGCCCUAAUAAAGGAAAUCAAUGCCCAAAAAAAUGCCAUCAAGAAAAAUGGAAUAACUAUUGAUGGAAGACACUUUAAAGUCAAAUUUACAGUUAUGCUUGAUUACAAGGCAUUGAUAACGCUUAUCAAACGAAAGUGUGAAGAUAAUGAGUCAGAUGAAGAAAUGGAAGGUCUAUGUCAGAGAGGGUUGGACACAGAGUGCUGUGUGUUCUGUAAAGUUAUACGGGGAUGUGCAUGUCCAGGGGUUGAAUGUGGUGAAUCCUGUGCAGAAUGCUUUAUCAAGAGCAAGGCAAAUGUUGGAGGAUGGAAGGGUGUUAGGGAUGACUUGCUGUUUCUCCUUGAAGAAGAGUUGUGUGAUGUAAACCUAUGCACUCUUCAUUGCGAGCUGCGGAAUACAGAGCAGUUGCUAUGUUCACUGGGAAUGUUUGCGUAUGAGUGUGGGAGCCUUAAAAAUUGCAAUGCUGUUUUAGCCGAGUAUGGACCAGACAGUAUGAAGAGAAGGGACAGAAUCGUAGUAAAGACAAAGCCUGGCCAGGAAAGUGGUAUUGAGUGGCACAACAUUCAAGUGUUGUCAUUCUCAGGUUCAACAGAACGCAGGUUUCUCGAGAACAUUGAAGAAAUUGUCACCCAGUCACUGCCUUUAGAAAACCUGAGAAGGUUUUUUAAAGACAAAGAUGUUGCUGAAACAUACUUAUUAAAUCAGAUUACAUUCUGUGAGGAAAUGAUCCAGGAACCAGACGAAGUGUAAGCGCAAAGAGAGAGACGAAAAGAAACGAUGGAGAAAUUGGUGAUGAAAUAUUUAUGGGGCUGCUACUUUGAAAAAUGUGAGGAAGACAACUUAAGUGGAGAUGACACAACGGAUGACAAAAGGGGGAAAGCGGGAAAAGAAAAGAGUUCCCAAUUCAUUGAGGAAAACAUUAAGUUACUUAAACGAUUGGUUGAUCGUCAUACGAUGGAGCUUGCCAAACUUAAUAUGGUGAUGGACACAUUAGUGAAGAGAUAAUGGCACUGACUGUUGCUUUACUGAACAUUUUGUCACAUCUUUCCAAUUGUUUCUUCUCAUGUACUGUCAACCAGAAUCUAUGGAGCAAGGAUUAGAGGCCUUCACUCUUUCACGUUUAUCUUUAAUUCACGAUUACAGAGAAGGGAACAGAAUAUAAAUGAAGAUAGAGUAGAACAAAUAACUGAGACUUCAUAAACUACACCUGUAUAAUAACAAUUAUUCUUUCAAGAUAACUAUUUACUGAGAUUUUCCGGGACUGGUUUCCCAAGAGUUAAUGAGUUAUAUUUCCUUACGCGUUUGUGUGGCUAUUUACUACCCCUCUGCCAAUUUAAAAAAUCAUUAUUGAUUUGCUAGAUUAACAUCACCACUAAUUGUGCUCGGAACGAACCGUCUGUUAGUUCUCACUUUCAAAGAUUGUAGUAGAGAAAACGUAUUCGAGAGUCUAGUGAUUUCACCCCAUGUUCAAGAACACUUUGGGUGUAAUUUAAUACACAACUGAGCGUCAAAAAUAUAGAAUACAAUGAUACAAUGGGUAAGCUAUAGGGAUAAACACACUU